AUGGAUUUUUCAAUACUUUUCUUUAGCAUUGUUGCUGUUGUGAUAGGUGGCGGCUUCCUCUUGCUUUUAGGAAAACUCAGAUUCAGAGAACAAAAUUCUUCUUCUUUGUCUUCUUUGUCUCCUUCAUCAGUUCCUCUAUCUUCUUUGUCUCGCCCCACACAGACUUACCAUGUCUUUCCCAGCUUCAGAGGGCAAGAUGUUCGUAGAGACUUUUUCAGUCACAUUCAGACGGAGUUUCAAAGAAAGGGAAUCACUCUGUUCAUUGAUAAUAAUAUUCCAAGAGGAGAACCCAUCGGUCCUGAGCUUCUUCUGGCUAUUAGAGCGUCUAAGAUCGCAAUUAUCUUGCUCUCUAGGAGCUAUGCUUCUUCAAAAUGGUGUCUUGACGAACUAGUGGAGAUCAUGAAAUGCAGAGAAGAAUUUGGUCAAACUGUGAUCCCCAUUUUCUAUGGAGUUGAUCCAUCUGAUGUUAAAAAGCUUGCCGGGGACUUUGGGAAAGUCUUUAGAGAAACUUGUGCCGGUAAAACAGAAGAGAAUAUUAAGAGAUGGGAACACGCUUUGGAAGUAGUGGCCACAAUCGCUGUUGGGGUGAGAGCUUAUUUGGUAAAAAUGGAACCAUUAGGCAUCUGCUCAAUUGCUGGAAGUGCAUACAACAAACUCCCCGACAGUUCUCAGCUGAGUGACUUUAUGGAGAAAGUCAAAGCAAAAUUUACAAGACUUUGUUGGUUUGGUCGUCCUUGGAGUCGAACUAUCUCUACGACACAAGAUCAGCAAGUUCUUACAGCAGUUGGGAUUAACGAUAUUUACAAGGUGAAUAUUCUACGACAUGAGGAGUCUCUUCAAAUCUUUUGCAAGUAUGCUUUUGGUCAAAAUUCUCCUAUAGAGGGUUUUGAGGCGCUUGCUGGAGAAGUCACAAAACUUGCUGGUGCACUCCCUUUGGCGCUAAGGGUUUUGGGCUCGUACUUCCGGGGAAUGGCCAUGCACGAGUGGGAAGAGUUACUUCCAAUGUUAAGGACGAGGCUUGACGAUAGUAUUGAAAGCACUUUGAAGUUCAGCUAUGACACUCUAGAUGACGAAGAUAAAGACUUAUUUCUUCAUAUAGAAUCGUUAUUAAACCAUAACGAGAUUAAGAGAGUGAAGGAGACUCUUGCAAAUAAGUUCUCAGACAUGAACCACAGGCUUCACGUCUUAGCUGAGAAAUCUUUCAUAUCUAUGGACUCGGAACAUAUUCAUAUGCACACGUUGCUAAAACAAUCACUACCAUGGUUGAAAACUAGUCUUGACGCUGAUACUGAAAACAUUUUGAAGUACAGCUAUGACGCUCUGGAUGACGAGGAUGCUGCCUCGAGUUUUCCAACGGCUAAAAACCUUCUUGAAGAGUUUUACAUUGGUGCUUCUUCUGUCGAGGUUGGAAAGCUUGACUUCGUCUCAAGACAUGAGAUGAUCUUCAAAAGCUAUGGUAUGUUCUUCUGA